CGGCGGGGCUGUGAGGAAAAUGGCUGCGUCUUCGAGUGGUGAGAAGGAGAAAGAGAGGCUGGGAGGCGGCUUGGGAGUGGCAAGUGGUAACAGCACACGAGAGCGGCUACUGUCUGCGCUUGAGGAUUUGGAGGUCCUGUCUAGGGAACUUAUAGAAAUGCUGGCAAUUUCAAGAAACCAGAAGUUGUUACAGGCUGGAGAGGAAAACCAGGUCCUGGAGUUGUUAAUUCACCGAGAUGGGGAAUUUCAAGAACUAAUGAAAUUGGCACUUAAUCAGGGAAAAAUUCAUCAUGAAAUGCAAGUUUUAGAAAAAGAAGUAGAGAAGAGAGACAGUGAUAUUCAGCAACUACAAAAACAGCUAAAGGAAGCAGAACAGAUACUGGCAACAGCUGUUUACCAAGCAAAGGAGAAACUCAAGUCAAUAGAAAAAGCAAGAAAAGGUGCUAUCUCCUCUGAAGAAAUAAUUAAGUAUGCACAUAGGAUCAGUGCAAGUAAUGCUGUAUGUGCUCCACUGACCUGGGUUCCAGGGGACCCCCGGAGACCCUACCCAACUGAUUUAGAGAUGAGAAGUGGGUUACUGGGUCAGAUGAACAAUCCUUCCACUAAUGGUGUGAAUGGCCAUUUACCAGGAGAUGCACUCGCAGCAGGAAGAUUGCCAGAUGUCCUUGCUCCACAGUAUCCAUGGCAGUCAAAUGACAUGUCGAUGAAUAUGUUACCACCAAAUCAUAGUAGUGACUUUUUGUUGGAACCUCCUGGGCAUAAUAAAGAAAAUGAAGAUGAUGUAGAGAUUAUGUCAACGGACUCCUCAAGCAGUAGUAGUGAGUCUGAUUGAAAAACCGUAAAAGACAAUAUACAGAAUUGAAUACUGUAGAAUUCCAUUUCUUUAACAGUAGCAGGGAAAUGUAAACCACGGGUGACAAAGAAUAACCAGGUAAAUACUGGCUUUGGUAGAAUUGUGCAUCCAUUGAAAGUCAAAGUGAACUUUCUUUUUAAAGCCAAAGAUUAUAGUUUUAGUUUUAAGCCACUAGGUAGAUAUUUAGGGGAAUAGUCAACAUUUACUGUUGAAAAGAGAAAGCAGUUGCUAUGUGCUGUCUUACCCUGUUCUGUUCCAGUUUUGCUGGAUUUGUACAUAGCUGUUCUAGAAAUAGAGUUGAGGGAAGUGAUCCACGUACAUAUCACUAAUAGGUUUCUUGGAAUUAUUUAGAAAAGCAUUUUUAAUCUGGCAGUGGAUGACUGAAUAGGCAUCAUAUUUCUUUUUGUGUGUCAUUUAAAAGUAACAAAAACUCCCAUUUGACAGUAAAGGCUCUUGGCU